GGAUCUAUCAGACCUCAGUACACAGGUGGCUCCCUCAUGCAGCAAUUUACCGGUCCAGCCAACAGUACUAGAUCUCCCUCGCCAUUAGAAGGAUCUACGCGCUCAUUCUCAUCCCCAAGUCCACCUCUUGAGCCGUUGAGGCCAAUUCAUACUGGUCGCAGAGCUACAGAUUUCUCUAAAGCCAUGGAACUUGCUCGGAAAGCCGAAAUUGAAAACCAGCAGGUGUAUGAUCCCCGUUGGCGAGAAAAUUCCACUUCGCCGCCGCCUUCUUCGCCUCCUCCUAUCAUCGCAAACCGACGUUUCUCUUUUCUCACGGAGGAUCCUCCAGCUAUCAUUGUUUCCCCUCAAUUGGAUGUGCCUGCUGUACCAGAUGAGGCACUAUCAUCUGAUCUGAUUUUUCUCUACCGGACAUGCAGGACAUGAGUCCAGCGGCUGUGGAUCCUAGUAUCUCGCUUGACAGCUGGCAUGAAGAAAGCUCACCCUUGAUCUUCAUACCGCCGGAGUCUGCCUCUGUUGUUGCGCUCGAAACAGAGGUGCUGCAAGACACUUCAUUCGAGAACCAAUCUGAAGUUACGGAAAUACCUUCUAGUAACGUUCUUCUAGCUUCGGUGGACUCAGAGGCACACGACGGUGUCCACGAAUCUUCUCGCCGCCCAGAAGCAGUCUCUUCCGAGGUCUCCGUCGAUCCCGUUGAACCUCUAGUACUUAGUGUCGAGUCUAGAACAUUUGUCAAGGAACACGGCAAUCCAAGUGAACAGAUAAAGAGCACCUCGAUUGUAACAGUUGCUGAUCUGCAUACCGAGUUUUCGACUUUCAAUAGUUCCGAUGAUCUGCCUGUUGAGUCUCUGUCUUCCACAUCUGUGGUAGAGACUGAGAAAAAGUCGUUGGACGCAUCGUCUGCCACGCUACAACAAGAGAUCGAGGAUGUUGGCGGUUCACAUCACAAAUUAAGCGAUCCUUUGUCUACUAUAUCAACUUCGAUCUCUCGAGUCGAAGAUGAACUGCCAUCUCCGCCCCCACAGUGGUCGACGGAAAACGACACUGCGGCGUUGAAUACAAAGGAAGCCAGACUACUUCCUCCAUUGUCUAUCCCUUCCCCUCCUCCUGUCAUCCGCGACUCCUUUCUAGCUCGAAACAUUGACGAUCCUUCUCCUCGUUCUAGUUACACUGACAGUCCCGGUCAUCUUACCUUGGCUCAUAAAAUCUCCCCUCUCACGAGCCGAGGAGUACCGAUGUUCCUUCCAGGGAUUCGAUCCCCGAUCAACGUCGAGGCUGAAGCCACCGCUCAGCCCAAUGCUCCCAUCGCAGAACCCCAGCACAUUGUGGAUAUUGUCCCUUCUGCUCAGUCUGACACUCGUAUAGGAUCUGACACAGUUACUGUUGGCAGAACAUCGAAUAGGCCUGCCCCGAUGACUCUUGAUGUUCAACCAAGCCCCGAACUAGACCCUCAACGGCCGAAGACUGCCGUUCCUUCAGCUUGGUCAGACACCAUCAGCCCUCCAGGCGUCGAAUUUGGGACAGUGGUCGUCGGCGAUCCGUCACAGCGGCCCGUGCCUAAGAUGGCUCAUCCACGCAGUUUCUCCUCGUCACAUACCGACUCUGAUUUCAACCCAGCAUUUGAGGGAAGUAAAAUAAAUAAUACGUUCAACGCAGUUGUACGCGGGAAGACGCGCGAUGAUCCCGCUUCAUAUUCAGCAACUUUCCCUCGUGUCAACGCCUCCACCCCACAGCGCCGUGGCGGUCGUCCUCCGACGUUAGAAGACCCUAUGAGUCCUGGAUUUGGAGAUCUCCUCUCGUUGGUGGCACAGUCUGCCAUUUUGGAGCAGAAGUUGAUGAAUGGAGAGUAUCCUGAUGAGUCUGUCAUUACGAAUCCGAUACACAAUGGUGCAACGUCUGCGCCUCCCCGUCCCAGUAUGGGUGUGGAAGAGCGCCAGGCUAAGGAGGCUGAGGAUCAGGAAAGGUUCAAGGAUUUGUUGAGAAGACGUCCUUCGACAAAGAGUAUGAAAGGCCGUGGUAGUUCAGAUUCGAGAAGAAAACCUUCUUUCUCUUUGCGCAAUCCCCUUGCGAGGAGCAAAUCUGCUAAUCGAAAGGAAGACGAGUCAGAUUUGGGACUCGGUCCCGCACCGCCUAGAUCUAGUAAAGAAUCUUCCGCCGCACCAAACCGGUCGAAAUCCAUGUAUCUUACGUCUUCUUCCCAACCCUCGUUAUCGACUAUCCCACCCGUUCCCAACAUUCCAUCAGUGGUCAGCAAUAACAAUAACGUAUACUCGGAUGAUAUACCUCCAACUCCACCACCCAAGUCUCCCUCGGCAAAGUAUCUUUCCAGUUUCCGAAGGUUCACAAGUACACGUUCGCAGGGCUUCACUGGCACGGGGUCUUUGUUUCAAACCAGGUCCAGAACACAGUCUGGACAUCGACCGGGAUCAGUGAUUAAUGUCCCCUGGCCAUCAGUGUCGCCGAAAAAGAAUCAGGGAAGUGUUAGUAGAGCGACGUCGUUUGCGGGUAAAAUGUUUCGUGGAAGGAAGAAGUCGGGCGCUAGUACCAUGAGCUCGUUGGAUUCCGACCCUUCACAGAAUAUGAUUCCUGAAUUACCAAGUGUCCUUCCUCCUUCACCAUCAUUGCAUGAUCUCAUCAUGCCUGAAACCAGUUUUGACUCUCUUCAUCCCCCAAGUACCCCGCCUCAGAAUGGAGGACGACCUUCACUAUCAACCCGUACUUCUUGGAUAUCAACAACUUCGAACGACUCCUCAAUGCGCUCACCGCUACUUGAUAAAGACUUUUUUGAUUCAUUCCCAUCUGUACCGCAAACAAUUCCGACUCCUCAUACACGUUCUGUCAUUGCUGGACACUCCAAAGAACUCAGCCAAGGCAGUGUCGCAUUCCCUCGUCAAUCUUCUUCCAGUUAUUAUGGUAACAAGUCUUCUACCCUUGGCCGAGCUGCGAGUACCAGGUCUACAUCAACUUUGGGCCCGCACAAUAAUCACGUAGAUUUAUUAUAGUAAUCCUCACUACCUCAUGCAAUCUCUAUAAACUUCAGUAUUUCGGUAGUCCCUUUAGCAUUUUGUCGUUGCUCUUUUUCCGUUAUAUCUUUUUUUCUUAACUACAAUCAUUUUAGUCUCUUAGUCUUUGCUCAUAUAUCUACUUGCAUCUGGAUAAGUAUGGAAUACUCAAUAAACCAAAUAAAUUUGUGGUCAGUACAAAAUGAAUAUGCGUUGAUACCUCUCUACAA